AUGGCGACGGAGCACAGUGCACAGCUGGCUCCUGGCCCCCAGAAGACCCCUGAAGUAGCUGUAUCUCCCAGGAGUGCUGUGGAGGACCCCACCUUGACCAGGAGAAGGAGCAAGAAGGAGAAGCGGCUCUCAGGGUCCCAGAAGGCCAGUUCUGGGGAGCAGUCCUCUAGCCAGGGCUCUGAGGCCUCAGGAAGCGGCAAGAACCCCCCAAGGACCAGAGCAGGACAGGAUGAGCCACCCUCAGCACCUGCCGGGCACGCCUCUCACCGACAUUCCCACCGGCAUCGUUCUGACCCUCAGCAGGACGCUGCCCAAAGGACUUACGGGCCCCUGCUCAACCGCAUCUUUGGAAAGGAUCGUGAACUGGGCCCCGAGGAGCUGGAGGAGCUCCAGGCAGCCUUUGAGGAGUUUGACACCGACCAGGAUGGCUACAUCGGCUACCGGGAGCUAGGGGACUGCAUGCGGACGCUGGGCUACAUGCCCACGGAGAUGGAGCUCCUAGAAGUGUCACAGCACGUGAAGAUGCGCAUGGGGGGCUUUGUGGAUUUUGAAGAGUUUGUGGAGCUGAUGAGCCCAAAGCUGAGGGAGGAGACAGCUCAUAUGCUGGGCGUACGAGAGCUACGGAUCGCCUUCCGAGAGUUUGACAAGGACAGGGAUGGGCGGAUCACAGUGGCAGAGCUGAGGCAAGCAGCACCAGCUCUGCUGGGGGAAGCACUCGAAGGCACAGAGCUGGAUGAGAUGUUACGAGACAUGGACCUCAACGGGGAUGGCACCAUAGACUUUGAUGAGUUUGUAAUGAUGCUAUCUAUUGGCUGA